AUGGCUAACAAUGAUUUAAUAUUGACUUCAUAUCAAUUAUCUAUAUUGCCAUGUAUUACCCUUAUUUUCUGGUCUCUAUUUCUUAUCAUCUUUAGAAUUGAUGGAAGUGGGAGAUGGAGUGAAGACAUCCAUUCGUUCAUUCUUAAUUCAAGGGGACAUCUAAAUAUAACUUGGUUUGUGUUUAAUGAAACGAAGGAAUUGUGCUCAUGUUUUACCAAAGAUUUUAAUGAAUGUGAUCGUACUCAAAUGAAAGGAGAAAAACAUUACUUGUGUACAUAUCCCAUUAAAUAUGGUGAUGGUCUAAUCACCUACUGUAAUAAAUCGAAUUAUGAUGUAGAUUCCCUUUCAUAUGAUGAUGACUACAUUUCACUUUAUGUAAUUAAACCCACAAAUAAUUGUCAACCAUAUGGAGAACCUUCAAGGUUGGUACGACAAAAGCUCCAAUUACCAUGUCCGUUUUGCUACGAAUGA